AUGGAAUUGCCAAAAUUUUUGGGUCGCUCUCUUGUUCAUGCGAGGAGAGCCUUGACAGCUAGGGUUAGGGGUGGCUGCAUUGGCUUCCUUUCUGGGUUCCCAAGGAGCCAGUGGUUGGUGAUGGGUCUCCAUCUUAACGUAUGGAGAUGGCCACCACCUCUUUUGCUUAAGAGGAUGACGAGUAUGCGGCACCAACUGGGAAUCAGCUGCCUGCGAAAACUAGUGUUGGGCAUCUGA